AUGGACAUUCGAAUAGAUGAGAUUAUGAGGUUGAGGGAGGAAAAAAAGAAGGAGAAGCGGGCAGAUGAUUUAGCAAAGAGCAUGCUGAAGAAUGCCGGUAUAGACCACAACAAGGUCUUUCAAAAAGCACACAGUGGCUACAAUGCCCCCGGUCAUUGGACUGAGUUCAAGAAAGCCCUGGUUGGUGAAGCUGAGCUCAGCUGCAGAAUCUGUCAUGAUUUGAUGCUGAAACAUUCCCUGGAGAUUUGCAAGAUCGAUGAGCAUUGUCACGAUUCUGUAGAAUCCACGAAACUUGCAUUAGUGCCGGAAAGCCGUGAUUUGCUUCCAGUGGCUCAACAAGAUGAUCCUCAAGCUCUACAACAGAAGAUGGCGAAGAACCCUAUCAAGCGCUUGGAAGAGGAUGGGCAGAUGUGCGUUGGGGUUGACAUCACUUCGGAUCAGGGUUCAAAGACAGAGCUCGGCUGUAUGCGCGAGAGGGCGCGCAAGGGGAUGGCAGGCGCAUGCAAGAGAUGCUUUCAAAUGUGCAACAGGGAGAAGCUUGUGAGGCACCUGAAGCAGUGGUGCAUGCGACUGGACUAUGUGAAGUUGAUGCAGUUUGCACAGUCUUCGAACAAGGAACAGCAGGAAGAUUUUGCUGCUGAAAUGGAACGACGAUGGAAGGUGGAUGGCAACAGCCUGGCGCAGAUGACUUUCAGUGAUUUGCUCUUUCUCGCGAAGAAUCAGUUUCAGAACAUUGGAGUCAAGUAUCAGAGUCUUGGUUUGCGUGCCUACAUCGACAGAAACUUGUCGUACCUGACCAAGAGCUCGCGCGCUUCAAUUCCUCCGGAAGUGAAACCCAAGCUGCAGGCAUACCUUGAUGCUUUAUCCCAAGGAAAGCUAAGAAGCCAAGCUCGAUCCAAGAUUGACUACCUCGAUCCACAGCUUCCUCAUUUCUUUGCAGCGCGGGGUGAGCAGCUGGACCAGGCAGUUGCUGCAGCAAUCAAGUUGCUGGACACUGCCCAGUCCAGUUCCUACAUGAUAGUAAGAGAUGAGGUUGUGUACGCCAAGCAGUGGCAACUGGUUUAUGACCUGGUUGAAGAAGGCAAGCCCACUUGUGUGGGAGGUAUGGCUCCAGACCAUUGCCUCAUACCACCCCGUGAAGACGACACCUUCCCCACAGUGAAGGCAGAACAUUUGGCCUCUGUGCGCGUCUCCACGUGUUUGAAACCUCUCCACACACGAGGGCAGCUCUUCCAGAUUCAGCAAGUUCCGAGACAUCGCUUGACCAACCAGGACGAAGAAUUCGCAGAGGUUGCCACUAUUUUGGACAGAUGUGCGCAGCAAAACUUUGGUGUUCCAUCUACUGCAGUUGCAUUUGACGGGCACUUGUCCUUCGAACGGCUGAAUGCUACUCUUCUGGGGCUCACCAAAGACUCUGUUGGUGAAAGCUCGCACGCCUUUUUCCAGAAAUGCACAGCCUACAUCCGGCACAAGACUUUCAACCUGUUUGGCUACUUCUUUUCGUGGAGUGCUUUGGUGAAUGGUGGGCUUCCGGAAUCUAGUGCUUUCGGAAAGGAUGUGCAUGCAGAUCGUGAAGCUGCCCGGUGCUUUAAUCCGCAGUACCUGCGAAGUUACAAUGCAUGGGAUAGCGUCGGUGCACGUCUCUUCCAGUUUGUCUUCAAUUUGGUUUUUGCAUCCUGGACCGCCUCUUCCGGAUACACUACAGAACAAUUGAUUCAGAAUGCCUUGAGCGCUUACUACAUGCUCCUGGCGGCGGGCUGGUAUGCCUACAGCAACCAUGGCAAUAACUGGUAUAUGCAUUUCCUGCCCCGCAGAACCUUCAAGAACCUGGUGUCUCUUGGAUGA